GAUGCUCCAGGAAGAUUGUGUAGCACCGGAUCUUUUCUCCACGAGCUGCCGCGAAACCAACACGGAGGAGGGUUUAUGCCUCAGACUGGAACUCGCCUUGCCACAGCCCACAGCAAGGGACGCAAGCUCACAGAAUCAGGAUUAUUGAGGACAUGUUUGGGCUGAACUUUAUAUAGCUGUACUGGUAGCUCACCCUUGCUUUUGGAGCAUUCUUUCCCUUGCAAACCUGUCAUUUUUAUUAAAGUGUCUUCAAUUACAUUUGAAUGAUCAAAUGUACAGGUUAUAUCAUCUAAACUUCAAACGUUUCAUGACUCUGAUUCUAGCGGGACUUUGAGGUGCAACGGUUUUGAGUUCAUGUUCCUGGCAUGCUUGAUAAUACAAGUUCCAUAAGUCAAUCCGGUUUCAUGAAUAAUGUUAACCAGCAACAGCUUCCCUUGCCAAACAGUAAUCUCGGCAUACAAACCCGCCAUCCAUUGGGUGCAGGGAUCCUCCAAAACAUGAAUCCCUUUAUGACCAAUAUGCAACCAAUGAUCAAUCCACUUCCUUUCAUGCAUGCUGCUGAUAAUUUUCAUCCAUUGCAAAACAAUCAGCUGGUUCCGCCUCAUUUUACUUUGGUUGGUCAGCAGAAUGGUGUUGGCAAUGUGAAUUGCAAUCCACUGUUUCCUGUUCAGGGACCAAACAUGGUGAAUGGAGGUCAAUUUAAUUUGUCCCAGGUCCAGGGGCAUAUUUUAGCGCAGAAUAUUACAAGUUUGCUACAGCAGAAUAAUAUGAAUUUGCAAAAUGGACAAUUUUGUGCUCCGUUGCCCCUGCAAAAUAUGAAUCAACAGUUACCUAUGCAGAUCCCCAACUCAGCUCAAGUUAUUCCAUAUGGUAUGUUUCCAGGUUCCCAUUCUAUGUGCAGCUUUCCAAACCAAGUGCCUCAGGCUAUGGUUCCUCAAAAUCCAUUUUCUUCCGCAAAUAUGCAGUUAAAUAGUGUGCCUGGAAACCAAGUGCCUCAGGCUAUGGUUCCUCAAAAUCCAUUUUCUUCUGCAAGUCUGCCUGGAAACCAAGUGCCUCAGGCUAUGGUUCCUCAAAAUCCAUUUUCUUCUGCAAGUCUGCCAUUAAAUCAUGUGCCUGGAAACCAGGUUAGACCACAGGGUAACCAGAAUGAGAAAAACAUGUUCUCACCUUUUUCAUCUCAGCAGUUAGAGGGUAACACUCGGGCAACACCUAAUCCUAAUAAUUUGAAGCAACUACAUGCAAAACACUCCCAACCUGCAUUCACAAGUUCUCAGGCAAAUCAUAAGAACAAUGUCAAAGCUAAUGGUCCAAACCCUAAUUGGAAAGGUUCACCAAGCAAAAACUUAAAUGGUCCAAAUCGAGGGAGGAUUCAAGGAAGAUUUCAAAAGUCUAAGUUUCAUGAUAUCAACGAAGGAAAGAAGAAAUUUGGGGCUCCAAAAGAACAUUGGCACAAAGGGUUCAACAAUGAGAAGGCAGGAAAUUCUGGUGCUAACUAUAAGAAACAGAACAAGGAACUAAAAAGAUCUUUGUCAAUGAUAUACACUGACCAAGAAAUCCAACAGUGGCGUGAAGCAAGGAGGAAGAACUACCCUACCAAAGACAGCAUUCAAAAGAAGCAGGGGGAGCAACAGAAUGACUUGAAGGUCAUUGAUAGGGAGGUUUUUCGAAGAGAGCUCAAGGAGAUUUUAGCAAAGCAAGCUGAGUUAGGGGUUGAAGUUGCUGACAUACCAGCUUACUAUUUGAAGGAUUCUUCAACACAAGGUCUUAACCGUGGAGAGAGAGGGAAUUCCACUAACAAAAGGAAAUUCAAUAACAAGUUUGACAAAAGAACUGACAGGAAACAUAGGCAUUCCAAGAAGCAGAAGUGUGCAGACAAAGAUUUGGGAAAGGGCCCUUCUUUGGAAAAGAGAAGUCCAACUUUGUUGCAAAAACUCUUGAGUGCAGAUAUAAAGAGGGAUAAGAGCCAUUUAUUUCAGGCUUUUAGGUUCAUGGUGAUGAAUUCCUAUUUCAAAGAUUGGCCUCAUAAGCCGCUAAGAUAUCCAUCUGUUACGGUCAAAGAAAAUGGUUCUGAAGAUGGCGAUGAAGGCCUUGUAAACGUGAUGAAUGGCAACAAUGGUGAUGUUUUUGAAGAUGGAGAUUGUGAUGAUAAUGAAAAUGACUCUAUACAGCAAGUCACUCCGCAAGAGGACUGUCAUGAUGGAGAAACUGAAGAAUCUGAAGAGGAAGGUGAAAUUGUGGAUUAAAAUCCAUGUUGCUAUCUUUUCUUGCUAGCAUUGAAGAUUUUGACAUUAAGCCCUGUUAUAUAUAUGUUCAUCUAUUUUAGUAGCUUUCAAUAUCUUAAGCUUAAACAUUUCUUUAUUUUUGGCCAGGAGGGGCAUGAACAGCUCGUUGUCUACAUUUGGAAUUUUAAGAUUGGCGCAAUUGAGUAUU